AUGACGACUCAAAAAUCCUUUUAUCACGACUUCGACGACAAGAAGAACGACGACUUUGUUCCUGCGUGUAACAGUAGUAGUGCAACUGCUGUUUUUUUAAUAAAACAAUCAUCGAAAGAAUACCAAUCGAUAAAAGAUGCGAGACGAGCGUUAAACGUGAUUUCUUUAAACGCGAAAGAGGACAUGGAUUCGAUCGAAAGACAAACGUACGAACAGAUUUCAAAGCUCGCGAGAGACGCUUUACGGAAGAAGAAGGAGGAGAAGACGUCGUCGUCUCAUUCGUUUUUAUUAUCGUCGCUGGUAGGGAAGGGAACGCCGCCGAAAGGAGAGAGAGAGGAGAGAGAAGGAGAGAGAGCUUUUUCGCUCGCGUAUUUAGAGGCGAGAGAGGAGCGUUCGCCGCCCGGGCAGACAAAGAUGGAUGAUACUUUUGAUGAUGAUGAGAAUACGAACGAGGAUGAUGAUGAUUUUAAAAAGAAGAGAAGUUCGUUUGAUUUCGGAUUUAACGACGACGACGCAGAAAGGAGUACGAACGAGUUACCAAAGGCGUUUAAAGUUCCGAUGACGGUCCCGCGAGGCGCGUUUAGAAGAAGAGACGAGGAGUAUUAUUACGGAGGAGGAGAAGACGAGACGUUCGCGUCGUCGUCGUCAGACGAUGAAAAAGAGUUUGAGUUUAACCAAUCGAUGGUCGAGGAGACGCACUUCUCGUCGUCGGUCGCGGCUGAGGCUGAAGAAAAUGGAAACGUGGGGGAAAGAGAAGACUGGUGGUUCAACGUGUCGACGCCGGCGCCGGCGAUAUCUGCCGCGAAAGAAAAAGAAAAGAAGACCGAGGAGCUCACGCCGGAACAAGUUCUCGAUCGCUUCGAUUUUACCGAGAACAAAGAAGCACCGUUCAACUCCUCCGCCGCCGCCAAAUCAUCAAUAUCCGCUUCCCCGUUGUACGCGUCUCCCGCGUACUCGUUCGAAAAGCAAUUCGAAGACACGCUCCGGUUUCUAGGCGCCAUGGAUUUGCGAACGUUCAAAGAGCAACUUCUCGAAUCAACGAUCGACGCCGUCAUCACGGAAGCCUCCGCGAGCACUUUGAGUAACUUAACGAACGGAACGCCCGGCUCGCGAGCCGACGCUUGGCGAACCCGAGUCGACGAGGCGUGCGAAAUGCUCGAAAAUGCCGGCGCUGAAGCCGCUUCGGAAGCGCUGAUGGCGAAAGCGCGAGCGUUAGCCGCCGCGGUUUUGAAACGGCGGUGA